CUUGUAGAAAGCUGGUAUCAAGGACAUCCAUUAGCAUAAUAGACAAAAUAGCUAAAGCUAAUUAUUCUUCUGGCGCACCCGCGUCUGGUAUCUGCAUUCAGCAAUCUGCACAGUACCAGGUGAGCGGAAAACAUUGCGGUGGUUCUAGGUCGCGGUACGACCGCGACGAUGUCGACAGUUCAGUAUACUUCGACGCGCGUUCACCUGCAGGUACACCGCGGCGUUAGAUAACUUGGCGGUGGUGUGAAGUGGUACCUCGGACAUAUGGUACCAUCAACAGCCCAUGGCACAGUCAGAGAAGAUGGUCUACACGGUCACGCCGACGAGUACCACCACCAAGGAAGACAACUGUGAGGACCCGCCAUGGAAGUUUUGGAAGAAAAGAAGAUAUGUCGUAGCUCUUUUAGCAUUUUUCGGGUUCUUCAACGCUUAUGCGUUAAGAGUGAACUUGAGCAUAGCCAUCGUGGCUAUGACAGAAUUCAAAAACGUAACUUUAGAAAAUCAGACUGUGAUAACUAGCCGAGAAUUUGAUUGGAGUACAAAAACUCAAGGGUACCUCCUGAGCUCAUUUUUCUACGGAUACAUAACGACUCAGCUAGCUGGAGGCUACCUGGCCUCCAGGAUAGGAGGCAAAAGAAUAUUUUGCUUAGGCAUUGGAGUUACUGCUGCAUUGACUCUGAUUACUCCUUUCAUUGCUGCUAAUGUGACGCUUUUUCUUAUAGUGAGGAUCGUGGAAGGAAUUUUUGAGGGCGUCACAUAUCCUUGUAUGCACGCUGUUUGGGGGAAAUGGGCCCCACCUUUAGAAAGAAGUCGCUUAGCAACAAUAGCCUUCUCAGGAAGCUACUUUGGAACAGUGGUUUCGAUGCCACUUUGCUCCUACUUAGCUGCAAGUUUGGGAUGGCCCAGCAUUUUCUAUUGCUUUGGUACUGUUGGUCUGAUCUGGUGCGUCAUCUGGACCAUAGUGGUCAAGGAUUCACCUCACGAAGAUCCCAAGAUAUCAGAAAGUGAACUGAGGUAUAUCACAGAAUGUUUGAAGGACACUGAUACCAAUAAACCGGCGAAAAUUCCUUGGAAGUCUUUUGUUACCUCGAUGCCGGUAUGGGCGAUAACAGUAUCACAUUUUUCUGAAAAUUGGGGAUUUUAUACUUUGCUGACGCAACUUCCGAAGUAUAUGAAAAAUGUCCUUAAUUUUGAGCUGAAGGAUACUGGUUUUAUGUCAGCUUUACCAUAUCUUGCCAUGUGUAUCAUGACACAAUUUUCUGGACAAUUUGCUGACUGGUUUUUGGUAAAAGGAAUAUUAAAUACAACGCAGGUGCGUAAGGUUUUCAACUGUUCUGCUUUCAUCGCUCAAACAGUCUUCAUGAUGGCCGCAGCUUAUUGGCUCUCGCCCGUAGGAACUACCUUUUGUUUAACUAUGGCCGUUGGACUUGGCGCUUUUGCAUGGGCUGGAUUCAGUAUCAACCACUUGGAUAUUGCCCCUCAAUACGCAGGCAUCUUGAUGGGUUUUGGAAAUACGUUUGCAACAUUACCUGGCAUUGUGAGUCCAAUUUUGACAGGAUAUAUGGUUACAGAUGAGACCAAUGUAGUGGAAUGGCGCAUAGUAUUUUACGUCUCUUCCGGAAUCUACCUGGUUGGGGCUGUUUUUUAUGGAACAUUCGCAUCGGGAGAAUUGCAACCAUGGGCAGUGGAAACUGUACCAUUGAAAUCAUAUGACUCAAGGCGACGAAACGAUGAACCACCAAGUUACGUGAAUAAAAGCUUCCAGCAAUCCGAUGAAGCUUACAGUUGAGCUUAGGCUUUUCUCAUGAAGAUGUUUUCAUUCAGGAUUAUGCAAUCUUUCGUUUUCUUGUUGAUUGUUGACCAGUAGUCCUUUAACUUAACGUAAAGCCUCUGAACUCGACAGUAUCAAUCAAGUAAUUAUACGUAGGCACCUAUGUGUGAAAGUACAAAUUUGCCUUUAUCUUGUAGUACUUUGAUGAAUGUUAGGAACGGUAUUAUUGGAGGAAACUGCUUUAUAAUUAAGAAUACAUUUAUUUGGUCCCAUACAUUGGUAAUCAAUACAACCGGAUUACAUGUUUUUAUAAAAAAAUAUAUUUCUCUUAUAACUAAUACAAAUAGACAUAUUACACAACUACGACAUGAAACUUGUAAAAAAUGUAUAUUCAUCUGUACUAGGUGUAAAAUAUAAAAUAUGUAAUAGAA